AUGUCUGCAUACUUUGCCAAUAUUAAGCCGCUAGCAGCUCGAGACAAUGGCAAUUCUGGAAAACCAUCCCAGGAGAAAAUCCUCCACAUCUCCAUGAACCCAGUGGCCCUGAGAAUCGCCAAUACUCGUACAGAUGGAACCAUACGUGUGUGGAAAAGCAUCCAGGGACUUUCUGACCACGUCACUAUAAAAAGUGGUCAUGCUGAGCCUGUAAGGAGAAUCUCCUGGCUUCCUACGACAGACAAUCGUUUUGCAAGUGUAGGAGGAGACGGGUUCUUGAAGCUAUGGACUGCUGGAGGGGUCUUAGAAAGAGAGAUCCAGGUUGAGAAAGGUGAGGAAAAGUACCGUUUGGUGGACUAUUCCGUGGAUGGUCAAUUGUUGACACUUACGGACGGGAACCGCUUGGUGGUUUUGGACGUCAAUGACGAGUACAAGAAGAUUCAUGAAAUCGAGCUUAGCAGUGAUAUUACUGAAGUAAGGUGGCUGUACGAUCCACUGACUGUGUUCGUGGGCUUGGAGAAUGGCCAAAUCGAGAUUCUACAAGUGAAGGAGUCGCUAGAAAAAGCGUUUACGAUAGCUGGAGCUCGUCUGUCUGUGACCUCAAUUGCAAUUGACCCCAAGGGUAAAUUCUUCUGUGCUGGCUGUGAGGAAGGAGCUGUGUACUUUUGGAAGACCUCUGAUUUGCAGAAUUCCAAAGCACUCACAAAGAUAGACGAGGCGAUCAGUUGCGUGGAUAUCAGUCGAGACGGCAGCUUUGUGGCUGUAAGUUACGUCAAGGACAGCAAUAUUAGGAUUUUUGACGGUGCAACCUUGGAGCAGAUGCACGAAGUCACAGACAGCUCUCUCAAGAACUUGGGUAAGUCGCAGCUCAAGUGGUUGCCCAAUGUCACUGGAUACAUCUACACGACAAACCAAAACUUGGUGAUGACCUAUGCAAAGAAGCUUUAA